UACCAGGAAUCAUUCCAAAAAUAUGAAUGGAGACGAGGAAAUUCCCUGAGCAUUAAAGCAGCGGAGUCAGACGAGCCCACAGCCAAAAAUCCUACUGCACUCAUCCUGUGCUGACCGCCGGUACCUGGACACCCUAUCCGUCAGGUCAGAAAAUCGUGAAAUUCUUUGAAACAAAAUGGAGGAAGAUAUGGAUGCUCUUUUCAACUUUAGUUUCAUCUCUGACAACUUAACUUUCUUGAUAAAUUCAACAUAUGACUUUUAUUCUCCUAAUGUCAGUACUAUAGCCCUCAUCCCUUUCAUAAUAGUGUGUUUGGUGGGCCUCCUCGGCAAUGUUUUGGUCCUCUCUAUCAUUUUGUGGUCCAAGAAGAUGUGGAGGACCAUGAAUGUCUUCGUCUUCUGCCUGGCACUUGGAGACUUGCUCUACAUGUUAUGCUUGCUGAUUCUUGUCAUUGAACUUAUGAGUCCCUUGGGAACCUUCCUGUGCAUACUCUACUGGAUUCUCACAGCUCUAACUACUUUUUCCAAUGUCUACUUUUUGGCCAUCAUGUCCAUCAGUGUCUUCUUGCAGAUGUACUUCCCAGCUCUCUCAAAAAAGCUCUGCAUUAAAGUUGCUGCAUUGACCAGUCUAGGAAUAUGGAUAACAAGUCUUCUGCUGGCCAUCCCCUUCUUUAUCUAUGCUAAUGUGGAUGAGUACUCCAACUGCAUGAUCCAUUGGCCAGAUAGCAUUUGGAACAUCAUCUUCACAUCUUACAGGUUUGCCCUUGCAUUUUUAGCUCCACUGAUAUUGAUCACUGUCUUUCUCAUUCUUACCCAACGUCGGGUUCAAAGGCAAGACCAAACCAUGGAUUCCACAGUGACCAUCGUCAAGGAAGAUAUGGUGAUGAUCAUGGUCCUCUCUCUGAUCUUCAUCAUCUUCUGGCUUCCAACUCAUGUUCUCGAAAUCAUGUCAGGACUCACCUCCGAUGGGCAGUUUAGUGAUGGAAGUUACUACGCCAUCAGCAUCGUACCUUAUCUGAAAAGUUGUGUUUAUCCCUUCGUCUAUGGAUUUCUAUCUAGAGGCUUUAAACACUGGUACAACAGAAUUUUUUGUUGCAAAAAAGUCCAUGAAGGUGACGACCCUCCCAAAAAUUCCAACGAGAGACAAGAAGAUAAGUCUACUCCAUGUUAGCCUUCUUCAUCUUCACCUUUGAUUUGUAUUGGGACCCACCCCAUGUACUUGAUAGAUCAUUGUGAUGACCCCUGUCUAAAUCUCUUGACAGAACAAAUUAUGUCUAUCUUUAUGAAGGACAACUAGCUGAAUAUGUUGCUUAGGGUGGUCACCACCCCAGGGACAAGGGAAGUUCCAGUCGGCCACAGAUUGUGGCAACUAUUAUGGCAAAAACAAUCAUAGUUGUGACCCUUGAGAGACUGCACAGAAGACAUUGUGCCCUGUGUACAAACCAAAAAGGACAUACUGACAGUUUCCUUUUUAUUUUUUUUGAUAAUUGACCAAAAAUUAACUGACUUUGGAUUACACGGGCAGUAAAGGUGACACUAAGCAUUUUUGUAUUGAAUCUUCUUCAUUAACUUUAAGCUGUUUUCAUUUUAUUUUCAGUUUAUAGCACUAUGCAGUGCAGAAACACCUAGAAAGUGUCAGCAAGCUGCUGUUGACUGAUCUGCCAUUCUGCUACAUUAGAUAUUCAUAACAUAAGGGAACAAGCACUGACUAUGUGGUAUUAAGAUGAACUGCCCCGAGUAUUCAUACAAGCCAUCAAUAGAAUAGCAAUAAACUCAUAAAAAAGUACUCCAAGUGACAGCCUGCUUGUUGAUGGUUUCCAGGUAUCCAAAGGGGAUAUUUUUUUUUCCACCCAAUGUUUACUGUAAAUAAUUUUGCUUUCAUAUUAUCAUAUAAAAGGAAUAUAUAAACCCAGUACAUGUUAUUACCGUACGCAUUCUCUUCACAUACAAGCUUGCGGGGUCAUGUCAUGGAUUUUGACUCCGACAUCUGGAAUCUGAAUAAAAUUAAUUUUUUC